ACCUUACACAGCGUAAAACUACCUCACUAGAUUUGAUUUGAUUUGAUUUGAUUCGUUUGGUCACUGCAAUCUGCAAAAGAAGUAAAAACCAAUUAAGCUUAAUCGAUUCUUGAGUUCUUCGUCCAUAGAUAUCUUUAAUCGCAGCCUCAGAGAAGAGAUCUAUCGGAAUCGUACCGUCAAUGUCGACUCCAGCUGACGUCGCCGGCAGAGAAUCAAUCACUCAUGUCAUAUUCGACAUGGACGGUCUUCUUCUCGAUACUGAGAAGUUUUAUACUGAGGUCCAAGAAAUCAUACUUGCUAGAUUCAACAAAACGUUUGAUUGGUCUCUCAAGGCUAAGAUGAUGGGAAGAAAAGCUAUAGAAGCUGCUAGGAUUUUUGUUGAAGAAAGCGGGAUCAGCGAUUCUCUUUCAGCUGAGGACUUCCUUGUCGAGAGGGAGUCAAUGUUGCAAGAACUUUUCCCUACUAGUGAGCUAAUGCCAGGGGCUAGCCGACUAAUCAAGCAUCUCCAUGCAAAGAAUAUUCCAAUUUGUAUUGCUACAGGUACUCAUACACGACAUUAUGAACUAAAAACCCAAAGACACAAAGAGCUUUUCUCAUUGAUGCACCACGUAGUUCGCGGUGAUGACCCAGAGGUGAAGCAAGGAAAGCCUGCCCCAGAUGGCUUUCUAGCUGCUGCUAGAAGAUUUAAGGACGGUCCUGUGGAUCCACAAAAGGUUCUCGUAUUCGAAGACGCUCCAUCUGGAGUUCUUGCUGCUAAAAAUGCCAAAAUGAACGUGGUCAUGGUGCCGGAUCCUAGACUAGAUAUCUCUCACCAAGAUGUUGCAGAUCAAAUCCUAACCUCUCUACUCGAUUUCAAACCGGAAGAAUGGGGUUUGCCUCCUUUUGAAGACUCAAACUAAACGAUACAGCAAGCUUCAAGGUGAUAAAAACUCAGAAUCAUGAAUCCGUGAGAAGGUGAUUGUUUGUCUUAUUAUAUUGCUUUGGCAUUUACAUGACAAGGCCAUGGGUUUUAAUGUCGUCAAGUGACACAAAUAGAAAGUAAGUGGUGACAUGACGAGAGACCAAACAAAAUUAUUGCCUCAACGAUUAAACAAAUUAUUCUUGUACAAUUACUCUUACCCACAAGUUUCAGCAUUGGCUUAUCUGAUUUUGUUUUGUUUUUGUCGGCAUAGCUGAAUUGAUUCCUUCUUUUAUGGUUUGGAAUCUUUCUU